UCCUAGCUGCAUGCAUGUGUAUCGACGAAGAGGAACGGUGAUUCGUAGGGGGAGAGAGAGAGAGAGAAACAAAGAUCUGCGAAGAAGACAGGUGAUUCAUUCGUCUAUCGAUCAAACCUUCAAGCCUCGAUUCAGCAUCUCCAUCUAUCAUCGUCAACCUAAUCACCAUUUUCGCAGACUAAUCGAUUCAGGUAAACACAUGAACAGAAUCUUGAUUCCCCCGUACCCAUGGUUUCCCGACGCCAUCCCCAAAUACUGCAACAUACCAGCAAAUUGAAGGCCACAUACACAGCCUAAAUGAACUGAAAGGGUUAUGCUUCACGUUUGUUGGAAUUGAUUAGAAUUGAUUUACAAAUGGUUUAGUCAUGGAACUUAUGGCUUCUGAAACCUUCUGAAGCAAUGUCAACUCAUGAACCAAAGCCUACAGAAAGAAAAGAAACAGGACUAGAAGGGCAUUUGGAAACAAAGUUGAACAUCAAAGACAAGUCCCCAUCCAAAUUAGAAAUUAAGAGUUUACCUGUCAAUAUAGUUGUUGGGUCACAUGUUUGGGUGGAGGAUCCUGAGGUAGUCUGGAUAGAUGGUGAGGUUGUGGAAGUUAAUGGUGAAGAGAUCAAAAUUAACAACUCAUUGGGAAAGACGGUUGUCACUAAUGCACAUAAGGUGUAUCCAAAAGACAUUGAAGCUCCUCCAUGCGGUGUGGAUGAUAUGACAAAACUGGCUUACCUGCAUGAACCAGGGGUUCUUCAGAACUUGAGAUGUCGAUAUGACAUGAAUGAAAUAUACACUUACACCGGUAGCAUAUUAAUAGCUGUGAACCCUUUUCAAAGGCUACCUCAUUUAUAUGACCGUCAUAUGAUGGAACAAUAUAAAGGGGCUUCGCUUGGCGAGCUGAGCCCUCACCCUUUUGCCAUUGCAGAUGCUGCAUACAGGCAGAUGAUUAGCGAGGGAAUUAGUCAGUCAAUUUUGGUUAGUGGAGAAAGUGGAGCGGGUAAAACAGAGAGCACAAAAAUGCUUAUGCGCUAUCUUGCCUAUAUGGGAGGGAGAUAUGCUGCUGAGGGAAGGACUGUAGAGCAGCAAGUCCUAGAGUCUAAUCCCGUUCUAGAAGCAUUUGGGAAUGCUAAGACUGUGAGGAACAACAAUUCAAGUCGUUUCGGUAAGUUUGUGGAGAUCCAGUUUGACCAAUCGGGGAAGAUUUCAGGAGCUGCCAUUAGGACUUAUCUACUUGAACGAUCACGUGUUUGUCAAGUAUCUGAUCCUGAGAGAAAUUAUCAUUGCUUCUAUAUGCUGUGUGCCGCACCAAAGGAGGACAUUGAGAGGUACAAACUGGGAAAUCCAAGGAUGUUCCACUACCUGAAUCAAUCAAACUGUUAUGAGCUGGAUGGAUUGGAUGAUUCAAUUGAAUACCUUGCAACAAGGAGGGCUAUGGAGAUUGUUGGGAUCAGUUCUGAAGAACAGGACGCAAUUUUCCGAGUUGUGGCUGCAACUCUUCACUUGGGAAACAUUGAAUUUGUCAAGGGCAUAGAUACAGAUUCGUCUGAACCUGAGGACGAUAAAUCUCGGUUCCAUUUAAGAACUGCGUCUGAGCUUUUAAUGUGUGAUGAGAAGUCUCUUGAAGAUUCCUUGUGUAAACGUGUUAUUGUGACUCGUGAUGAGACCAUAACAAAAUGCCUCGAUCCAAAUGCUGCAGCUGUCAGUCGAGAUGCUUUGGCCAAAAUUCUUUACUCCAGAUUAUUCGAUUGGCUUGUGAACAAGAUAAAUAACUCCAUCGGUCAAGAUCGGGAUUCCAAAUUCUUGAUUGGCGUUCUGGAUAUUUACGGGUUCGAGAGUUUCACGACAAACAGUUUUGAGCAGUUCUGCAUCAAUCUAACCAAUGAGAAACUGCAGCAACAUUUCAAUCAGCAUGUCUUCAAGAUGGAGCAAGAAGAAUAUACAAAAGAAGAAAUUGACUGGAGCUAUAUAGAGUUCAUUGAUAAUCGAGAUAUUCUUGAUCUCCUUGAAAAGAAACCUGGCGGUGUCAUUGCUCUUUUGGAUGAGGCUUGUAUGUUUCCGAGAUCAACACAUGAAACAUUUGCAGAAAAACUAUACCAGACAUUCAAAGAUCAUAAACGGUUCAGCAAGCCAAAAUUGUCACGUACGGACUUCACCAUUUGUCACUAUGCCGGUGAUGUCACUUAUCAAACUGAGUUUUUUCUGGACAAAAACAAAGAUUACGUUGUUGCGGAGCAUCAGGCACUCUUGAGUGCUUCAACUUGCUCCUUUGUGUCAGGCUUGUUCCCUCCGUUACCUGAGGAAUCUUCAAAAUCAUCAAAGUUCUCAUCAAUAGGUUCUCGGUUUAAGCAACAAUUGCAAUUGUUACUUGAAACGCUUGGUACAACUGAGCCACAUUAUAUUCGAUGUGUAAAGCCAAAUAAUCUUCUGAAGCCAUCGGUCUUCGAGAAUUCAAAUGUACUCCAACAACUCCGGUGUGGGGGAGUCAUGGAGGCAAUUAGGAUCAGUUGUGCUGGAUUCCCCACUAGGAGAACAUUUGAUGAAUUCAUAAGUCGUUUUCGCGUCAUUGCUCCUGAUGUUUUGGAUGGACGCUACGACAAGAUCACUGCUUCCAAGAGGCUGUUGGAGAAGGUGGGCCUUGAAGGUUAUCAGAUUGGUAAAACCAAAGUGUUUCUUAGAGCUGGUCAGAUGGCAGAACUAGAUGCUCGACGGAGUGAAGUUUUAGGAAGAUCUGCGUGCAUUAUCCAGAGAAAAGUACGUUCGUGCUUCGCACGCAAAAGCUUUUUUGCAUUGCGGUUGUCUGCUGUCCAAAUUCAAGCUCUUUGUAGAGGACAAAUUUCACGAUGUUGCUAUGAUAGCAUGAGGAGGAAUGCUGCUAGUUUGAGGAUCCAGAAAGACACACGCAUGUAUCUUUCGAGGAGGGCAUACAAAAUGUUGUGCUAUUCUUCUGUAAGUAUUCAAGCAGGUAUCCGUGGCAGGGCUGCUCGCAAUGAGCUUCACUUCAGAAAGAAGAACGUGGCUGCAAUCCUUAUCCAGACUCAAUGUCGAUCAUACUUAGCCUGUCUUUGUUACUCGAGGAUAAAAAAAGCAGCAAUUGUUUGUCAAUGUGCCUGGAGGGGAAGAGUAGCUCGAAGAGAGCUACAGAAGCUUAAAAUGGCUGCUAAAGAAACUGGGGCUCUCCAAGCUGCCAAAACUAAGCUUGAAAAGCAAGUUGAAGAACUGAUAUGGCAGCUGCAGCAGGAGAAACGCAUGAGGGUUGACAUUGAAAAAACCAAAGCAAAGGAAAAUGCAAAGCUGCAGUCUUCUUUACAAGAGAUGCAACUACAAUUUCAAGAAACUAAAGAGUUGCUUAUUAAGGAACAUGAGGCUGCAAAGAAAGAUGUUGAGCCAAUCCAUGUGAUAAAGGAAGUCCCAGUUAUGGAUCAAGAAAUGAUCAUUAACCUUACUGCUGAGAAUGAAAAGCCGAAGGUGCUUAUUAAGGAACAUGAGGCUGCAAAGAAAGAUGUUGAGCCAAUCCAUGUGAUAAAGGAAGUCCCAGUUAUGUAUCAAGAAAUGAUCAUUAACCUUACUGCUGAGAAUGAAAAGCUGAAGGUGCUUAUUAAGGAACAUGAGGCUGCAAAGAAAGAUGUUGAGCCAAUCCAUGUGAUAAAGGAAGUCCCAGUCAUGGAUCAAGAAAUGAUCAAUAACCUUACUGCUGAGAAUGAAAAGCUGAAGGCCUUGGUUAGUUCUCUAGAAAAGAAAAUUGAUGAAACAGAAAACAAAUAUGAAGAAACAAAUAAGCUUAGCGAAGAACGAUUGAAGCAGGCUUUGGAGGCAGAAACAAAGAUAAUUCAGUUGAAGACUGAUAUGCAGAGGCUGGAAGAAAAGCUAUCUGACAUGGAAGCGACGGACCAAAUUCUGCGGCAUCAAGCUUUGAUGAACUCACCUGCUACCAAAAUAUCAGAUCAUUUAGAUAGUGAAAGAACUCAGCCGGUCGAAAAUGGUUAUCACGAAAAGCAGAGUGCAUCACCUGCUAAAAAGUUUGGUACAGCAUCGUUGAGGAGAUCCCAGAUUGAAAGGCAGCAUGAGAAUGUUGACUCUCUUAUCAAAUGUGUGAGGCAAGAUCUUGGGUUCAGUCAUGGAAAACCAAUUGCGGCUUUUACCAUAUACAAAUGCCUUCUCCAUUGGAGAUCUUUUGAAGCAGAAAGAACCAGUGUAUUUGAUCGUCUUAUCCAGAUGAUUGGUUGUGCAAUAGAGAAUCAGGAUAGGGAUGAUUACUUGGUGUACUGGCUAUCAAAUACAUCCAUGCUGUUGUUCUUGCUUCAAAGGACUCUGAAAGCUACUAGUGCAACUCCAGGGAAACCACCUGCUCCAACAUCAUUCUUUGGGAGGAUGACCCAAGGGUUUCGAUCAUCCCCUUCUUCUGCCAACCUUUCCUUCCGUGGGCUUGAAGUGCACCAGGUCGAGGCCAAAUAUCCAGCUUUACUUUUCAAGCAGCAGCUCACUGCUUAUGUGGAAAAGAUAUAUAGCAUAGUUCGAGACAAUAUGAAGAAGGACUUGUCGCCGCUUCUUUCUUCCUGUAUCCAGGCACCAAGAGCUUCAAGAGGAAAUGCUCUGCGAUCUUCUGGGCGGUCCUUCAGCAAUAGUCCUCCGGCCAGUCACUGGCGGAGCAUUGUUCAGAGCCUAAAUGGGCUUCUCAGCAUAUUGAAAGAAAAUUUUGUUCCUCCAAUUCUCUGUCAAAAGAUGUUUACUCAGAUUUUUUGUUAUAUUAAUGUACAGAUAUUUAACAGCCUUCUCCUUCGUCGAGAGUGUUGCACGUUUGACAACGGGGAAUACGUAAAGGCUGGGUUAGCUGAGUUAGAAUUAUGGUGUGGCCAAGUAAAAGAAGAGUAUGCAGGCUCAUCAUGGGAUGAACUAAAGCACAUAAGACAGGCUGUCGGAUUCUUGGUUAUACAUCAGAAAUCACGAAUUUCCUAUGAUGAAAUUACAAAUGAUCUCUGCCCUAUUCUUAGUGUACAGCAGCUCUAUAGAGUAUGCACGCUAUACCGGGAUGACGACUAUAACACUGAAAGUGUAUCCGCAGAUGUUAUAUCUAGCAUGAAGGUACUAAUGACAGAAGACUCGAAUGAUGAAGAUAGAAACUCUUUUUUGUUGGAUGACAAUUCUAGCAUUCCCUUCUCCGAUGAUGACCUUAGCAUUUCAGUCAAAGAGAAGGAUUUCUCGGACGUAAAACCUGCUGCUGAACUUCUUGAAAAUCCAGCCUUCCAAUUUUUACAGGAAUAAGGCUGUUUUCGAUUCUUUUUUUUUUUCUAUGAUGUCCCUCAGAUUGUUGAAGAUAGAAGACGGACAGGACUACUCCAGCCAAAUGUCACUGUAAAUCCGCAAGUAGAUAGUCAAUUUUUUCUAGAGGAUCGCUUUAGGGUAGCAGUAGUUGCAGAGAUCACAAGAGGGAUGCUUCUGGUCUCCCUAAAGUUCAUCUUGUAAUCGAUUAGAUUACAUUUUGAUCUUAGUUCAAAAAAAUAAUCUCUUGUAAUCUUAAUCUGUAAUAGUUCAGUUUUGUAAUUAAUUAGUACAUGGUUUCUUC